AUGUGUCUUGCAAGCAGUUGUAGCUUUACCUACCCGAUCUUCAGAUCUUCAGGUCUUGAUACUGUCGCUGAAUUGAGUCGUCGAGCGGGAAGUGAGGAGAUUGUUGCAGGUGGAAACAUCAAAGAGAAAUCUAUUCAAGAAAAAUGUUAUGGAGGAAUCAACAAUUAUUUCUCAGGACAAAUGCCAUUCACAUACAAUUAUUAUAAUAGUUUGAUGUAUAACAAUGGAUUUCCUGGUCUUUGUAACUCUUACUUUGGCGGUGGUUAUCAAUGGGGUACUUGCGGUUCUUACUUUGGAUGUCCGAAUUCGGUUAAUACGUUUUAUAACUCUUACUUAAAUGGAUUUAGUGGUCUUUAUGGGUCUUCUUUAUAUACUUUGAAUGAUAAAGAAUUGAAAUCAGACUCGAAUGCUGUUUAA